AUGGCCAUCGAUCUGUUGGAUGUUAUUGACAUGAUUGACAUUGUUUUGGAUGACAUAGGACGUGCGAAUGAACCUCAGAGCCUACCUGCAGAUGUUAUAGCCACAUUAAACAAAACCCUUAAGGAGACUCUACCAAGCUUCACACUCAACACCACAGGUAUAUUAACCUCGGAAUUGAACAAAAGCCUUGCAAUACCUCCAGUAUUCGGUAGAGUGAUGAUAGGAGUCACAUGUUUCAGUCUCAUGUCUAUAUGGCAAUGGGCUGAAAACAAGCACUCCACGAAUGACACGGGUAUUCAAUUUCGAACAGGAGUUGCACGCAACGUUCUAGAGGUGAUCUUCGUCAAUUUCUUUUUCUUGAUCAUCCGUGGAGUGGUUUUUUUAAGUACGGCCAAGACGACUUUGUUUUUAUAG